UAAGAAGUAUGAAUGCCCUGACUUCUGCAGAGGCCAUUUCACCGUAAAUACUGCACAGCCAAUGCAGAAGUCGGAAUGACCAUGCAGCGUCUUUCAAGGUGAAGGGCCUAGUGUAGCAGUUUAGUACACAUCCCAAGAAGCAACUGCAGAGCAAUGUGGAGGGACUUCCGUAUUGCAAAGCAUUUUGGUACUUGUGUACACUUCCAAAUAACUAGCUAGUUUGUAAUUUAGCUCGAUUUUAGAGGCACGAGCAGUUCUUUUGUGUCGUUUCCUCAAUUGAUAUCGAUAGUGUUACACGUGUUUAUGAACAAAACUAAAAUUAAAUAAACAUCGGUAUGGCGGAGGGUGCCAGCGGUAACGCGGUGAAUCUUCCUCCCGGAGAUCCUCAGCUAAUUGGUCUCAUCGUGGAACAUCUCAAGAACCGAGGAUUGUUCGACGAGUUCCGCAGAGACUGCCUGGCAGAUGUGGAUACAAAGCCUGCCUACCAGAAUCUGCGACAGAAAGUUGACAACUUUGUAUCCACUCAUUUGAGCACUCAAGAAUGGAACCCAUCAAUCAACAAAAAUCAAGUGCGAAAUGGGCUAAGACAAAGCGUCGUGCAGUCAGGCAUGCUGGAGUCUGGAGUGGACAGAAUCAUCACCCAGGUGGUGGAUCCCAAAUUGAACCACACAUUCAGGCCCCACAUUGAGGAUGCCAUUCAUGACUUCCUGUCUGCGGAGAAGAAGGAGGAGGGUCCAUCCAACACUCCAUCAGAGACCGAGCAACAAGAGGCUCCAAGCCACACUGGACCCAAAACACCAUGAGGUGCAGAGAAACGUUUUCUGGUAAAGGUAGAAUUUAAUAGAGCUCCACCAGGCUGGAUGGACAAAGACCUACUGUGGAGUAAUCAUGGAGCAAGAGGUUUGCACAACUCUUAGUCGUUCUUCAUGUGGAGAAACCAAGCUGUGGAUUUUAGCUGUCAAUGCUGGACAUGCGUAACAACUACCAAAUAAUGCCCAUACCAAGUCAAAGGGGGAAUCAUGCAAAUGACACUAUGGUAUAGCACUCGCAAACUCAACUCUGGACCUCGAAGCCAGUUCCACUGCAUUAUUUUCAUUGUUCCUCUCUAAUCAGGGACUGAUUUUG